ACAACAAUACCCCACACCCGCAUCCACACACACGCAGACGCACCCACGCCCACACUCCAGACCCACAUCCACACCCUUUCGACCAUUAUGGCCUUUAUGUCCAUUACGGCCAUUAUAUCCAUGGAACGUUCUAAGGAAACUGUGCACGCAUUGGAGAUUAAAUCAUGUUUUCGGAAACUGUUCUAGUGGUGCGAAAAAUGAAUGAGUUUCCUGAAAACUCAUAUAACGCAUCAUAUGGACCAGCAACAGUGAUUUUAAUUUCAUUACUUCGAAUAAAGAACAACCACUUUUAGUAAUGAACCAGUAUGUAUAUAAAUGUAACAAAAAAACUCCCAAUAAGAAAUAUUGGAUAUGUAUAGUUAUGGAUUGCAACUAAUACGUCCAUACUGAUAUAAAUAACAACUAUUUAUUUGGUGGUAAAAGUGAACAUGGUCAUCCACCAAAUCCAGAAUCUAUGGAAAUCGAACAAACUCGUGAACAAAUACACCAAUGUGUAAUCAAUGAAGAAACACCUAUUGGAAAAAUCUAUGACGAAGAGAUGUCAAAAAGUGUUAUGAAUUCAGUGGCAAUAGCCAUAUUUCCAACAGUAAAUGAAAUUUAUCAUGGUGUCGCUAAAAAUCGACGCAAAGUGAUACCACCAAUACCAGAUUCAUUCACAUUUGAUAUUCCUGAAGAAUUCAAAUCAACUAUUGAAAACAAAUGA